AUGGUGGGGGUGCAAAUCAAGCUUUGUGGGGAUGCGAAGAUUAAUGGCUAUACAGUUAUCUUUGUUCAUCAAGAAAACUCUAUUUGUAUCACAGCCAUUAAAAACGGCUUGUGGCAUGCAGUAGUUGAUUGUGUGAAACUUGAUGAGUUUUGUGACCUCGUCAAGCAAACGCGUAACCAAUAUACACAGAAUCUCUCAGAGUCUUUUAGUUCUUCCGACCCAUCUAGCUACUUUAAUUUAAGAGAAGAAGGGGCGAAUUUAAAUUUCGUAUGGUCCAAAGAAAUUAAGAAAGGCAUUAAAAUCAUCUUCGGAUCUUUUUACUUACAACCUUCAUAUAAUCCAUUAGAAUCACUUUGCGAAUUAACGAGUCUAAUCACCAAUAGUCUCAAAGAAUCGAUUUUAUGCUGCAGUAAUUUCGAGAGAGAAAACGAGAAGCUAAAGUCUUUGGCUGAUAUAUCCGUAAAGAAAUAUGAAGAAGUGGUUUCUCAGAUAGAUGACAAAGAAAUUGUUCUGCUCUCGAAGUUUUCAGCUGUUCUGAAUGAAAAGAAAAGAAAGUUAGAAAGCUACAAAUGUCCAACUUAUUCUCUAAGUGAAGUUGACAAAACAUCAGAUAAAUCGUCAUUGCAAGAGGAUUUGGAUGAUUUAAUACCUUCCAAAAACCGCAGAAAAUCAAAACGUGUCAUUGGUCGUCGUAACUGAUUGCUAAACAGAAUUAUGGCAUAUCUGAGUCUAAAGAAAGUAUGUACGUAUGGUCGGCCAUGUGAUAUGUAUAUCUUCGUAAUUUUCUGUGAUUAUUACAUCGAGCUGCUGUAUAUCUUGCUGUCUAUCAGUUUCUAUCUAUAUAAAUUAAACACUUCUGCAGUUUGUUUCAUGUUUGCCAGUAAAUAAUUUUUAUUUCUCAUUUAUAACCUGUUGUUUUGUCCAUUCCACUAAUAAAUUGAAACUAACUUUUAUAGAUUUUUGCCCAACAAUACAACUAGGGUAAAUCUUGAAACAGUAUAAGGUCUUUGCGGUAGUUGCCUAUAAAUGAUUUUUUUAAUAGCUUGUAUGCGGGCAAAAAGCUCUGAAUUUUCGAAAUAUCAUUUGUGUAGACAAAAACAGUUUCAAGAUAUUCUGGUUGUUUAUGAUGGGAAGCAAGUACACAGUUGGUGUGCAAAUUGGUUAACGGUGUAUGUUAUUAACAUUCUACCCCUAUAAAAUGAAACGAAUGGGGUCGAGGUUAAGUAUUAAACAGGUAUUGAUCUAAUCAGUGUUUAAAAUGUCACUUGUCAAAUAUUAUAGUUAGUAAUAUCGUACAUGAAUACAGCCAGGGUCAUAUAAGGAGUAUUUUAUCUGACCAACUUUUGUCAUAUUAGUUUACCGAUCAUAACUGUUAAAAAAAACGUCUUACCACAAUGUUUAUAGAGUGACUCAGUUGUUCAUAUAUGGGAAAUACACAUGGCCUACUAAUAGGUUACAUAGCUAGCAACUUUUUCGUUUAAAAAGGGUUAAACAACGGUUAUUUGUAGAUCGGUUUUAUCCUGUUCGGUUGGUGGUGGUCGUGUGACAGAUUAAAUUAGGGCUUUUGGUUUAUAAACAGUCCAUCAAGCAGUGAUUUAAUGUGGAUUCGGGCGUUUUGUCAUACAUAAUUGAUAACAGUCAUGUAAUAGAUAGACAAACCACUUAUAGGGAUUUAUCGUUUUCUUACUAGUGUUCCUUACAGGGUUCGAUCUCGACGAGUCAUAUAGGUAGAUCUAUAUGAAUUUAGGCUAACAAACCAAGUCUUUGUGUGUAUAAGCAAUUCGCAACCCCCCAUAUUUCUUUCUUGGCUGAAUGAACCGUAACAAACGGUUUUUUCAUAUUAUUUUCCACACUCUUUGUUCGUUUAUUUUCACUCUUUUCAUACAUAUAAUUGUUUGAGUACUUAUCACGUAAUUCUAAUGAGUUUCAUUUGAGUGUCUGUAUCUCCAAGUUGUUGACCUAUUUCUUGUUAUAAAAUAUUGACUUAAGUCUUAUUAUUCUUAUGACAACUAGACCUUUUGUCAUAGCAUUAACAACUUGUAAUUUUUACUUUCUGUAUAUUUAUAUGGUCUAUUCCACUGUGUAUCGCUGACUCAUAAAAUGUCUUGAUUAGUCUAAUAUUUCCAUAUAUCCAUUUAGACAUUAAUGAAUAUUAGAGUAAGCCUGAUGGGGAUCUGAUUGAAAACAAUGUUGUUCCAUAAUAUAUGUUGUCCCAAAAAGAUCAUUCACAAGGAAUUACAAGUCUGUAUUAGAUUGAUCAUUGCGUAAACCAUUUUUUCGAUCAAAAUAACCAAACAGACAACUCAUUCUCAGUUAAUUAGGUUUGCUUUGUACAAUUGUAUCAAAUGUGAUCGUUCUAAAUACACCAAGUGGCUUAGAAUCUGCUUUUAUCAUAAAUCUUCAUCCGGUUCUGUUUAUCGUUAUUUUAAGUACUCAACACUCAAGUACUAUCGCAUUGUCAGUUGGGGAAAUCUGUAGUGUCAUUCAUUAUUUUAAGUCCAUAUAUCUUAUUCUAGCUUUCGGACAUUCCAUUCUAUUCAUUCUACUUAAGUCAUAUUUUGACCUUUUCAAUUAUUCGCUUAUCAGUCUUGACUGUUCUUAUAUGAGCGUAUAUGUGUGUGCCCUUCUUAUCCCAUUAAUCACAUGUCUGUAGCUUUAUUUUGUCUGACUAUAAAUAUUGAGUAACGCUUGACUAAAAUGGAGUUGGCUUCCCAGCCAUCUUCCCUGCUUGUCAUUUUGCUUUGCUAUGUUCCAUUCGCUUCAUGUACAAAAUAUAUGUAUUCUCAAG